UCACUUUCGCCGCAGUGUCGUAAAGGCUGGCGGUAUUUCCAGUUAAUUCUUCCGUUGUUUUUUUUUACUUGCUUAUCCCUGAUGUUUAUAUAACGCAUAGAAACGAUACUAACCACGGACAGAAGAUCGUGUAGGGCACUGAGCUAGGGACAGUAGGGAAAAGGAGAAACAGCAUAAGAGCGUUGUACGUUUAGUGAGGCGUAUCGGUACACACGCUGAUGGCGGCCACUGUGGAGGAGCUAUACCGUAACUAUGGGAUCCUGGCAGACGCGAAGGACAACCUAAGCUCGCACAAGGAUGCAUACCAGAAGAUCCUGGACGGGGUGAAAGGCGGCCCGAAGGAGAAGCGUCUAGCCGCACAGUUCAUUCCUAAGUUCUUCAGUAAUUUUCCGGAGCUUGCCGAUGCUGCCAUCAACGCACAGCUUGAUCUCUGCGAGGACGAAGAUGUUUCGAUCCGACGACAGGCCAUCAAGGAACUCCCACGGUUUGCCGCUGGCGAGAACUUGCCCAGGGUGGCAGACAUUCUCACACAAUUACUCCAGACUGAUGAUUCUGCCGAAUUCAACCAAGUCAACACGGCUCUGAUCUCAAUCUUUAAGAUGGAUGCAAAGGGUACACUGGGAGGCCUAUUCACACAGAUUCUGCAGGGUGAGGACAUCGUCCGGGAGAGGGCCAUAAAGUUCCUGUCCACCAAACUAAAGACACUGCCCGAGGAGGUUAUGACAAAGGAUGUGGAGGAUUAUGUCUUCAUGGAGAUCAAGAAGGUGCUGGAGGAUGUGACAGGGGAGGAGUUUGUGCUGCUCAUGCGCAUCCUGUCCAGCCUGAAGAGCCUGCAGACCGUGAGUGGGCGGCAGCAGCUGGUGGAGCUGGUGGUGGAGCAGGCUUUCCUGGAGCAGGUGCUUGAUCCCACGGACGCCGACAGCGUGGACCGGCUGCUGCAGUGCACUCGGCAGGCCCUGCCCCUCUUCUCCAAAAAUGUACAUUCCACAAGGUUUGUGACAUACUUCUGUGAGCAUGUCCUGCCCAACCUGGGUUCCCUGACUAGCCCGGUGGCUGAGCUGGACAUCCAGCUAGAGGUCCUGAAGCUCCUGGCAGACAUGAGCCGUUUCUGUGGUGAUAUGGAGAAGCUGGAAACCAAUCUGACCAUCUUGUUUGAGAAGUUACUGGAGUUUAUGCCGCUCCCCCCGGAAGAGGGGGAGAACGGGGAGAAUGCGGGAAGUGAGGAGCCCAAGCUUCAGUUCAGCUACGUGGAAUGUCUGCUCUUCAGCUUCCACCAGCUCGGGAAGAAGUUGCCCGACUUCCUCAUUGACAAGAUCAAUGCAGAGCGCCUCAAGGACUUCAAGAUCAGGUUACAGUAUUUUGCCCGAGGACUUCAGGUCUACAUCCGCCAGCUUCGAGUGGCACUUCAGGGGAAGACUGGGGAUGCUCUGAAGACAGAGGAGAAUAAAAUAAAGGUUGUGGCCCUGAAGAUUACAAAUAACAUCAACGUCCUUAUAAAGGAUUUGUUCCACAACCCACCCUCCUACAAGAGUACAGUAACAUUGUCCUGGAAGCCGGUGCAAAAGACGGAAGUCACAGGUCAGAAGCGGCCAUCUGGGGAGGAGACGGGGUCCGGGCCGGUGAUGAAGAAGCUUUCUCCACUUCCACGGAGAGAUGCGAGGCAGAUCUACAACCCCCCCAGUGGGAAAUACAGCGCCACCAUUGGCAACUUUUCUUACGAGCAACGUGGUGGAUUUCGAGGAGGCCGAGGCCGAGGCUGGGGGGGCAGAGGCAACAGGAGCCGAGGCAGGAUCUACUGAGCGGCCUGCUCUUCUCCUGGCCGAAUGCUGCCGCCACACAGGCUACCGCCAGUGACUGGGCCUUUUUUUUCCUGACCUCUGCCACACUUCAACAGCUUGAUACUUUCUACAUUUCCUUUCUCUCCAGUCACCCAGAAAUAUUAAUCUUGAGUUUUAUUUUUUAAAGCAAAUUUGUUUAAAAGAGACAUUAGACUGGGAACGUUUCUACCACCCUUCCAGCAACAAUUCUGUUUGAGUAAAAGUUUCCAGAUUUGGUUUUGUACGGACACAUCUGUGGCAUAGAAGAUGACCAGGUCGUGAUAUACUGACUGUUCAAAACCUGAUGGAACAAACGCUUUUUGUUUAACAAACUGGUGACAAUUGUUGUCUUUGUACGUUCCAGGCUUGUUAUACUUGGUAUCAAAAUUGUCAUCUGAAAUCUUGAAGUGCCCUGUUGCUUUUUUUUUAUUUUUUUUUUAUUUUAAAUACCAUACCCCCCCACUGGGUGAUUUCGCAAUGGAUUCAAUAGACUAGUCAGCAGGUUAUUAUGAAAAGGUCUAAAUUGUUAUAUGAAAAAAAUCUGCCACCUUAGACAAUUUUAUGGGCCUGCUUCCAAUACUAUUAAUAGUAGAAGCAAGGAGCGUUUAUAGUUUGGGGUUUUUUCCACUUGACAUUGCCAAUAAUACACUUGGAGUCUAGGAGUAAGAUUCAGUGAGAAUUUUGGGCAACUUGGCUUUGUAUGUGACUUACAGUAGUUAUAAAUGAAUGUGAAGUUUUUCUGCUGUAAAGAUUUGCAUGCAUUUUUGUAUUGCCAUUUUACUCCUGUUAAGUGUUAUUUAAAAUGUUUUGGAUUAAAAAGAGGACCUGGACCAAA